AUGUCUUUUGCUCAUCAGCAGUAUGAAGCUCCACAGGGUGAAAUGGAGGAAAAGCUGGCCGAUAUCUGGCGUGAACUACUUGAUAUUGAACACAUUAGCCGACAUGACAAUUUCUUCGCACUGGGAGGCCAUUCUCUGUCGAUUGUACGGCUUUUGGGGCACUUGAGACAGAAUGGAUUGGAUACUUUAGUACGGGAAGUGUUUGAUGCUCCCAAUCUGGCUAUGUUGGCUGCGACUCUCACUCGUUAUCAUGCAGUCACUAUCCCUCCGAAUCUUAUUACCACAGACUGCAUGGAAAUUACUCCAGAAAUGUUACCACUUAUCACUCUUUCUCAGGCAGAGAUCGACGCAAUAAUUGCACACGUGCCCGGUGGAGUAGCCAAUAUUCAAGAUAUUUAUGGCUUGGCGCCUUUACAGCAUGGUUUGUUGUUUCAUCAUAUAAAAGCCGAGAAGGGCGACCCAUAUUUGAUAGCAAGCCGUAUGCAAUUUAAUGAUCAGAUGGCACUUGAACGUUAUACAACCGCUCUACAACAAGUGAUUGAGAGACACGAUAUUUUGCGCACCGUCUUCAUCUGUGAAGGUAUCAAUGAGCCGGCACAGGUUGUGUUGCGGCAAGUUCCUUCGAUACUCACCGAAAUUUCAUUUGAGCAGUUAAACCACCGCUUCAAUUCACAUUACUUCCGUUUAGACUUGACAAAGGCACCACUUUUGCGUUUGCUGACAGCACCAACAUCUGAGGGGAGCUGGAUGGCGGUGCAACUGAUGCACCACACAAUUAUUGAUCAUUCAACACUAGAGAGACUACAUGCAGAAGUUAACGCCCUCAUUGACAGAAAGAUUGAAAAUUUGACAACGCCCACAUCAUUCCGUAAUCUUGUUGCUCACGCUCGACUAGGAAAUAGUCGAGAAAAGCAUACACGUUUCUUUAGUGAAAUGCUCGGCGAUAUUGUUGAGCCAACCUUGCCAUUUGGUCUGAGUGACGUUGCUCUUGACGGAACUGAGAUAAGCGAGACAUAUUUGAAGCUCCCACAGACACUCAAUGAUCAGCUACGAGAACAUGCACGGAAUCUGCACGUCAGUAUGGCUAGUAUAUGUCAUUUAGCUUGGGCACAAGUGCUAGCUCGAGCUAGCGGUUGUGAAUCGGUUGUCUUCGGUACCGUGCUCGUUGGUCGUCUACAGGCUGGAAUAGGAAAUGACAGUGUCAUGGGACCGAUGAUAAAUACGCUCCCAAUACGGUUAGAUAUUAAUGAGAAGAGCAUCAAGAGCGCAGUGGGAGAUGCGCAUGCUCGAUUGAGUAGUUUGUUGGCACACGAACAAGCAGUGCUUGCGUUCGCACAACGCUGCAGUAGAAUUCCAGCCGGCUUACCAUUGUUUAGUGCAUUGCUGAACUAUCGCCAUAAUCAGACAGCAGAAGAAAUAACGACGUAUCUUCCGGGAGUCAGGGUUAUGGAUAUUGAGGAGCGAACUAAUUACCCGUUAACACUGUCGGUUGAAGAUGAUGACGAUUCACUGGGACUGACGUCUCAAGUGGUUUCACCGAUUUCAGCAGCUCAGAUCGGUGCAUAUAUGCAACAAACCUUGAUAUCACUGGCUGAUAUGCUAACUCACAAGCCACAAAAACCAGUUCGAACACUAACAGUGAUUCCAUCGGAAGAACGCACAUUGCUGUUGCAUACUUGGAAUGAAACCACGUUUAUUUAUCCACCUACCCGCUGUCUUCAUCAAUCAUUUGAGGAACAGGUUGAGCACGAUGGAAAGGCAAUCGCCGUGGAGUGUGAUGGGAAUACUAUAAGUUAUACUGAACUUAAUGCGCAAGCCAACAAGUUGGCACAUUACUUGAUCGCAAGAGGUGUGAAACCAGAUGAUCGAAUCGCGCUUUGCACUGAGCGCAGUACAACAAUGAUUGUAGCAAUACUGGGCAUUCUGAAAUCUGGUGGCGCCUAUGUACCACUCGAUCCUGCUUACCCAAGUCAACGGCUAAGUAAUGUUUUACAGGAUGCUGACCCAAUAUUUUUGUUGUUGGACGCUAAUGGCCGGAAAACACUCGGUGAUCAUCAUGUACCAGAAGUUGACUUGGACAAAUCGUUGCCUGCCGAUUUUUCGAUCAAUAAUCCGGAUGCGACUGUACUUGGAAUCACUCCAAACCAUCUGGCUUAUGUGACUUAUACCUCGGGCUCAACCGGUGCACCGAAAGGAUGGUGUUUUUUCCAUUCUAUUUCUUUUGACGUUUCCGUAUGGGAGAUAUGGGGUGCGCUGUCAAAUGGAAGUCAAUUGUUGAUUGUUCCAAACGAUAUAGCUCGUUGUAUGGACGAAUUCUAUGAUUGGGUCUGUACCAGGGGUGUUACUGUAAUAACUCAAACUCCCUCCAUUUUUAAAACGCUUCUUCGAGCGAGAAGUAUCCGUUCACGUUCCGACCAACUGCGAUAUGUGAUCUUUGGUGGUGAAGAAUUAGAACCAUCGAUUGUAAAACACUGGUAUGACAAAUACAAUAAAGGGAAAACGGUAUUGGUCAAUAUGUACGGCCCGACCGAAACAGUUAUGAUUGCAACCAGUUGGGUCUGUGGCAUCACAAUUCCUGAAAAUUCGCUGAUGCCCAUCGGUCGUCCACUUUUUAACAAACGAAUUUACCUGCUGGAUGCAGAGGGUGAACCAGUGCCAUUGGGAGCCGAAGGAGAAUUAUACAUUGGUGGUUCUGGUGUAGCACGAGGCUACCUUAACCGCCCUGAACUUACCGCUGAACGUUUUUUACGCGAUCCAUUCAGUGACAAUCCAUUCGCACGCAUGUACCGUACCGGUGAUCGAGCACGAUAUCUGCCUGAUGGUAAUUUGGUCUUUUUGGGACGCACCGAUCAGCAAGUAAAAAUACGCGGAUUUCGGAUUGAACCUGGUGAAAUUGAAGCCCAUCUUGUCAAAUAUCCUCAUGUGCACGAAGCUGUCGUACAAUCCUAUGGCAAUGGAUCAGAUGCUCGUUUGGUAGCUUAUGUAGUGGCCGAUGCAGAUACAACAUUAGCCCAGGAUCUACGCACCUAUCUCUUGGCCUUGAUACCAGAUUAUAUGAUACCAUCGGCUUAUGUGUUUCUUCCAUCUAUGCCACUCACACCCAAUGGCAAGUUGGACCGGCGAGCACUACCGCCUCCAGAUGAUGAGGCGUUUGCACGUCAACAGUAUGAAGCUCCACAGGGUGAAAUGGAGGAAGAAUUGGCCGAUAUCUGGCGUGAACUACUUGGCAUUGAACGAAUUAGUCGACACGACAAUUUCUUCGCGCUCGGAGGCCAUUCUCUAUUAGUCGUACAAUUGUUGGCACAUUUGCGACAGAUUGGACUGGACAUCAUGAUAAGGAAUGUGUUUGAUGCUCCCACUUUGGCCAUGAUGGCCUCACAUAUUUACCGUUAUCAGAAAAUGAUCAUCCCGCCCAAUUUGAUUACCACAUGCAGCACAGCGAUUACUCCAGAAAUGCUACCGCUUAUCAAUCUUUCUCAAGCAGAGAUUGAUGCAAUUAUUGUACAGGUACCUGACGGAUUAGCUAAUAUUCAAGAUAUUUAUGGAUUGACGCCUUUGCAGAACGGCAUGUUAUUUCACCAUAUUAAAGCUGAACGUGGUGACCCAUAUUUACUAGUAAGCCGACUCAAUUUUAUUGACCGAAUAACGCUUGAACAAUAUGCAGAUGCCUUGCAACAGAUAAUUACUAGACAUGAUAUCUUUCGCACAGUCUUCGUCUGGGAAGGUCUCAGUGAACCGGCGCAGGUCGUUCUGCGUCGGGUUCCUCUGCUACUAACCAAAAUAUCAUUAGUGCAGUUAAAUCAGAGAUUUGAUGCACAUCACGAUCGUUUAGACUUAACACAGGCACCAUUAUUGCGUUUGCUGGCCGCGCCAACGGCUGAGGAGAGCUGGGUUGCGAUACAACUUAUGCACCACUUAAUAAUUGAUCAUUCAUCACUGGAGAGACUAUUGGCAGAGGUUCACGCUAUUAUGGAUGGAAAGACUGAUAAGUUGACAACGCCGACAUCAUUCCGUCAUCUCGUGGCCCAGGCUCGACUAGGAGUAAGUGAAGCUCAGCACACACGUUUCUUCAGUGAAAUGCUCGGUGAUAUUGACGAGCCAACCUUACCAUUUGGUCUGAGUGACGUUGGCUUGGACGGGACUAGAAUGAAUGAAGCAGAGCUGAAGUUGCCACAAAAACUCAAUGAACAUUUAAGAGUGCUUGCACGGGAGCUACAAGUCAGUAUGGCUAGUAUUUGCCAUUUGGCCUGGGCACAGGUACUUGCUCGUGCUAGUGGACUUGUGGCGAUAGUCUUUGGCACCGUGUUGCUGGGCCGUUUGCAGACCGGCGAGGGCAACAAUAAUAUAAUGGGACCGAUGAUUAACACCCUACCGAUUCGGAUAGAUAUUGACGAGAGCAGUGUCGAGACUGCAGUACGCCAUACCCAUUCACGGUUGAGUGCAUUGUUGGCACAUGAACAUGCACCACUUGUGUUAGCACAACGCUGCAGUAGGUGUACGGCAGGUAUGCCACUAUUCAGCGCAAUACUGAACUAUCGCCAUAAUCAAAAGAGUGGGCCGGUCGCUGCGUCACUUCCUGGAGUAACUUUCGUUGGCGGUACGGGACGAACUAAUUACCCAUUGACACUGUCGGUUGAAGAUGAUGGUGAUUCGCUGGGUCUGACGGUUCAAGUAACUACACCAAUAUCAGCAACUCGGAUCUGUUUCUAUAUGCAACACGUUCUGGAAUCAAUGAAAAACUUACUAAAUCUCGAGCCAAAGCAACCAGUUCGAACAUUGGCAGUAUUGCCACCGGAAGAGCGCAAGAUGCUGCUAUACAGCUGGAAUCAAACCAGAGAAACCUAUUUACCUGUCCACUGUCUUCAUCAAUUAUUUGAGACCCAUGUGGAACGUGACGAUCAUGCAAUUUCUGUGGAACAUAAUGGAGUGAGUCUAAGCUAUGCUGUACUCAACGCCCAGGCCAACAAAUGGGCCCAUUACUUGAUUGUGCGGGGCAUAAAACCAGAUGAUCGCAUCGCACUUUGCGUCGAACGCAACAUAACAAUGAUCGUGGCAAUUCUGGGUAUUCUAAAAGCUGGUGGCGCUUACGUACCACUUGAUCCUGCUUACCCAAGUCAACGGCUUACCAAUACUCUUAAGGAUGCCUGCCCUAAAUUCCUGUUAGCAGAUACUACUGGCCGUAAAGCACUCGGAGACCAUCAAAUACCAGUGGUUGACUUGGACAAACAAUUGCCUGUCGAUUUACCAGUCGAUAAUCCCGACACGACAAAGAUUGGACUCUCCCCGAACCAUCUAGCCUAUGUUAUUUACACCUCUGGUUCAACAGGAACACCGAAAGGAGUGAUGGUUGAACAUCAACAAGUCGUGCGACUGUUUGAGGCUGCACAAAAAAUGUUCAGUUUCAAUAAACAGGACAAGUGGUGUUUAUUCCAUUCGUUUUCUUUUGACUUUUCCAUUUGGGAGAUUUGGGGUGCAUUAUCGAAUGGAAGUCAACUGUCAAUUGUACCAUACGAUACAACUCGUUCUACGGAUGAAUUUUAUGAUUGGGUCUGUGCCAGUAAUAUUACUGUCCUAAAUCAAACUCCAUCGGCAUUUAGAAUGUUCAUGCGAGCAAAAAAUAUCGAUUCGAGAUCGAAUCUACUACGUUAUGUGAUCUUCGGUGGCGAAGCGUUAGAUCCGUCGAUUGCAAAGGACUGGUAUGAGAAAAACAAUACAAGUCAAACAGUAUUGGUCAAUAUGUAUGGCACAACGGAAACAACAAUUCAUGCUACCUACCAACGACUUGAAGCUUCUGAAAAUAUAUACUCAAUUGGACGACCUAUCGCAGAUCUUUGUGCAUAUUUGCUUGAUGCACACGGUGAGCCAGUACCAUUGGGAGCUGAGGGAGAAUUGUAUAUUAGUGGUGCUGGUGUGGCACGUGGCUACUUGAACCGACCUGAACUUACCGUGGAACGUUUUCUAUCCGAUCCAUUCAGUGACAAUCCAUCGGCACGCAUGUACCGUACCGGUGAUCGAGCCCGAUAUCUGCCUGAUGGUAAUCUAGUGUAUUUGGGCCGGACAGAUCAACAAGUUAAAAUCCGAGGAUUCCGAAUUGAGCCUCGUGAAAUUGAAGUCCAUCUAAUCAAACAUCCGCAGGUGAGUGGGGCUGUUGUACAAUCCUAUGGCAAUGGAUCAGACGCUCGUUUGGUAGCUUAUGUAGUGACCGAUGCAGAUACUACAUCGUUAGCACAGAAUUUACGCACCUAUCUAUCGACUUUACUGCCUGACUAUAUGACACCAGUGGCUUAUAUGUGCUUACCGUCCUUACCUUUAACACCCAAUG